GACAAUGGGGAGGCAUUAACAAUCAAACCAACAGGUCGAGCACACCGAUCGAUAAGCUACUUCCCCAAAGAAAAUUAAAAUAAAUUCCCCAAGAAAGAUGUGGCAACUAACAUGGUCUUUUGCCUUGGCUUUCCUUCUGGUGGGUGGUGAAGCCAAGCCUUCGCAGCUCUUCAACCACCACUUCAACCACUUUGAUCCUCAUCAUGUGAACCACUUCGAUGGUCAUCAUCUGAACCACUUGGAAUCCCUGCACGCUUUGCCGCACCACUUGGAUUAUGCGGUGCAGGAGUCAGUGAUUCCACCUGCUCCUUUGCUUCCUGCGGUGGCUCCUCCACCGGCGUUUGCUCCUCCACCACCGGUGUAUGGUCCUGCACCACCAGUUUAUGCACCAGCACCACCGGCUCCUGUAUAUGCUCCUGCUCCUCUGUUGCCCGCUCCUGCACCACUUUUACCUGCUCCUGCACCACUUUUACCCGCUCCUCAAGCACUUCUUCCCGCUCCUGCACCACUUCUACCCGCUCCUGCACCACUUCUACCCGCUCCUGCACCACUUUUGCCCGCAUCCACCUUCCUGCCAGCUGCUGCACCACUUCUGCCGGAGUUCCACCUGCCCACCGUUACCCACCAAGUGCUGCCACCCAUUUUGGAGGCGGUGCCUUUUGCGCCCACCUACCGAGCAAUUCCCGGACCCAAGACCACCACCCACCGCGUGUCCAUCGGUUACGCCUUCCCCAAACUCCUGGCUGCACCACACGCCCACCUGAAAGCCCUGCCACUGAAGUUGGCCCACCACCAUCACCACUCGUUGUUCUAGGACGAGAUUAAGUCACUUAAGGAUGAUGGGAACCUCACCAAAGAGUCAUUACAGUCAGCUAGUAAAUUAUAACCAAUGCAAAAACAAGCAUAAAUUAUCGAAUAAUUUUAAAUAAAAUAAAACGAAUUUUAAAAUAAAACCUUUGCGUUAUUUA